UUGCAUUUCCUUUCAUUUAAUCUAAUAUUCCUCUCUCCCAUCCAAACAAAACCUGAAACAUUUGCAGAGGCGAGCAGACGAGAGAUCCAUGAUAAUGGCGCACCGAAGCAUUUUGCCGACUACUUGGAGGAGCUUCCACCUUCAACUGCAAAGGCCAUUGGGUACCAUUCAAUCUCCACACCUAUUCUUCUUUACCAAUUCUUUCCAUUCUUCUAUUCCUAAUUCCACUGCCACACAUCAAGAUGCACGUUUGUUCAGACGUAAAUUCAUUUCUGUUUCUUUUACCCACCUUGAUGAUGCCUUAGCUUCCUUUAAUCACGUUAUUCAUAUGCAUCCUCUGCCUUCUAGGGUUCAAUUUAAUCGAUUUUUGUCUGCUCUUGUGAGAAUGAAACUGUAUCACACUGUCGUGUCCUUGUCCAAAACAAUUGAAUUGCUAGGGAUCUCACACAAUGUCUAUUCUCUUAGCAUCUUGAUUAAUUGCUUCUGCCAUUUACGCCUUGUGGAAUUUGGAUUCUCUGUUUUGGGGAAAAUCCUCAAAUUUGGAUUCGAGCCUGACAUUGUGAUAUUUACUACCUUAAUUAAUGGAUUCGGUGUAAAGGGUAAGAUCGAUCAAGCAGUCGACUUUUUCGAUGAUAUGGUCGCUGGAGGUUAUCAACCUGAUGUUUGUACUUACAAUGUGAUAGUAAAUGGACUGUGUAAAUUUGGGAAAAUAGAUGUGGCUAUUGAGUUGUUGAAAGAAAUGGUUGAGAGAGGUUGUGAGCCAGACACCGCGACAUACACUGCAAUAAUCGAUGCCCUAUGCAAGGAUAAGCUAGCUGUUGAGGCUUUAGACAUGUUCUCCCAAAUGAGAAAUAAAGGCAUCUCACCUAAUGUCAUCACAUACACCAGCUUAAUUCAUGGUCUUUUCAAAUUAGGCAAACAAAAUCAAGCUUUGGCCUUGUUGAAUGAAAUGGUAAGGAAUAAAAUAUCACCAGACGUUUAUACCUUCAAUGUGUUGAUUGAUAUUCUUUGUAAGGAAGGAAUGGUUUUUGAGGCUCAAAAUACAUUUAAAAUAAUGAUUCAAAGAGGUGUAGAGCCUAAUGUGGUCACAUACAGCUCCUUAAUUGAUGGCCUUUGCAUUUCAGACCAAUGGAAGGAAUCUUUAGCCUUGUUGAAAGAAAUGGUGGGGCGGAACAUAUCCCCUAAUGUUUUUACCUUUAGUAUAUUGAUUGACACUCUUUUUAAGAAAGGAUUGGUUUCAAAUGCUCAAAACGUAAUCAAGAUAAUGAUUCAAAGAGGUGUGGAACCUUGUGUUGUGACUUACAAUUCAUUGAUGGAUGGAUAUUGUCUAUGCAACCAAAUUGAUAAAGCUAGAAAAGUAUUUAACCUUUUGGUAACUAAUGGAAUAGUUGAUGUUUUUAGCUACAACAUUUUGAUUAAUGGAUACUGCAAUAGCAAAAGGAUAGAUGAAGCAAAGCAACUUUUUGAUGAAAUGCCUCAAAAGGGUUUAGUUCCUGACACCGUCACUUGUAAUACUCUUAUAAAAGGCUUGUGGCAAGCAGGGAGGCCUUGGAUUGCACAAGAACUUUUUAAAAACAUGUGCUUUCAUGGUCAACAGCCAGAUAUAAUAACCAUCUCAACUGUGCUUGAUGGCUUGUGCAAACAGGGGGAUCUUGAUGAGGCACUCGCACUAUUUAAAGUAAUGGAAAAGAGUUGGUUGAAGCCUGAUCGUAUGAUCUAUAACAUUGUAAUUGAUGGUAUGUGCAAAGUUGGGAAGCUUAAUGAUGCCAAGGAAAUAUUUUCUAGGCUUUUUGAAAAUGGAUUACAGCCUGAUGUUUAUACAUAUACUUCAAUAAUAAAAGGACUUAGCAAAGAAGGAUUACUAGCCGAAGCAUACAAGGUUUUUAGAGAAAUGAAAGAGGGUGGAUGUUUACCGGAUAAUUGCUGUUAUAAUGUGAUUAUUCAAGGGUUUCUCAGGCACAAGGAUGUACCAAAAGCAUCAGAACUUAUUGAUGAAAUGGUUGAUAAGGGAUUCUCUGCAGAUGCCACGACCACUGAAUUGUUAGUAAGUUUAUUGCCAAAUGACAAUCUCAUUUUGAGAAAGCUACGAAAUCAUUGUGAAGGGUCUAAAGGUGUAGAUGUGGAGUGAGAGUUUUAAUAAUCAACACCUGACAACAAAUGCAGAAGGUCUUUGUUAUGUUGAGCUAUAGUGAGUAAACAGAAUGGCUAAGCAAUUAUCCUCAUUAAAGGGUUUGCAAUUGAUCAGUACUGGUUUUGUCAAGCUAACCAAACUUUCAGUUGAGGUUGUUUGAUAGCCAUCUUCUAUUUGGUCUCAAGAUUUGACAUAUUUGAAGUGUUUCUACCAGUUCAAAGUUCAAACACUUUGGCUGAAGCCUGCAUAAGUGUUCUUCAUAUUACAAAAACAUGAAAUUUUGCAGCUAUCAGAGGAGCCAAAUAAUGGAUCUCUAUCUCUUUUUAACAAAAGAUUCAUUCAGUUCUUUUGCAAAGAUGGCCAUAGUUGGUUAAGAGAAAGGAGAGAAGAAGUAUUGGGGGAAGCAUAUAAAUGAGUUAAGGUUUGUUGUUGUGCCAAUGCAGACGCCAUUCCGUUUCUCAGUGACAACAUUGCUCCUAUUACAUUAUAUGCUACUUCCCUUAUCUGUGCAUUUUUGUAAAUUGUUUCCAUGUUGGAAAAUUAUUUCUUAAUACACCAUGAUGAACUUAAAUUUUUCAUUUUUGUUAUAUUCCUCAAAGCUAAAUACUGGCAUUUAGGAAGUAUAAUUGCAUUUGGAAUCCCCUACCAAGGUGUUACCGCGCUAAAUUCUCUGUGCAUUCACAGAUUUCUUACCCUUAGUCUAUAUAGGAAAUCAGUGCAUGCAGCGGUUUUCAUCUAGUAUGCAUCAUUUGAUUCCAUAAUCACAAUUCAUAAUGUGCCCAUUCCCUAAUUUGCAACUUUUUGCAUUAUUUUCGGCUUGGCGAUGCAAAUGCAAAAGUAGCAAUUAGUUUGACAAGGAAAUAAGGGGAUAAGUAAAACAUCAAAAGGAUGCUAUUUGUCCAUGGUCAAAUUUAAAGAAAGAAAAAAAUGAGCAAGCUUAAUACAAUUAGAUAGUUGAGUUAGAAACACGAAAAAUUUUCCAAUUGGAGUCUUGCUUACCGUUGCAUGAAAGUGAACCUUCUAGAAAUGUCCAAAUGGAUUAUGCUUAGCUCUGGGUUGUAGAUACUUAACUUAUAAGUGCUAGUGAUAUCUCCAAAUGGUUCCUGCACAAUGGAAUGAUAGUUUUGGAUAAAUUAGCUGCUUAAAUUGUAUUUCUUUUUUAUAUGUUUACCCAUUGCUGUCCUGUAUGUUGACAUUUUAUUUUCAUGAGUAGGUUAGAAAUGUGGAAGCUUUAUAUUGUUAUUAUGCACAUGGAGAACGAGAUACAAAUUUUUUGGGACGUAGCUACUGGGUCUGAAUGCUGGACCUAUGAGUGUAUGUGUACUCAUUGUUUAAAUAUUUUAACCUCCCCCACACUUUUCUAACUUUCCUCGUGUGCUAUGAUCUCUGACAAUUUCUCAUACAUCAAUCAAAUUUCUAAGUAGAAAUGUUCAGUUUUUGCAGAUAAAGGUUAUCUAUAACUAUCCACACUGUCACAUUCCAUUAUAAUGUCUAACAAGAUAGAUGGCUGGUCAUGCCGUGUUUGUUCGCAUGUUACUUCCCUUGGCAGGGAUAUUGUUCUUCUACUCUAUAGAAACAUCAUCAGUGUGGUGAGUUACUGUUAAUCUGAUUCCUGAAUAUAAAAGUAACAGAUAUCAUAAUUUAUUUUUGACCUUUGUACAUAUCAUUAUUGAUCAUAGUGGUAACCAUAUUUUGAUUAUUUUUUCUAAAAACUUAGCAAUGUUUGCUUAAUGUCAUAUCAUUUUUCUUGAAGUUCCUUUGUCAUAGUAUUAAGUGCAUUUCAGCCUAAUAAUGCUUAGCUUGUUAUAAUGAGUUUGUGGAUAUGAAAGCUUAAGUCAUCUACAGGAUUAGUUUGCCAAUAAAAAUGUUAUGGAUCAACUGUACUGUAAAAAUGAGUUUGUGGAUAUUCAAUCUCGUUUUGUUUAUAAAAACUUUUUAUUUCAGAAUUUUUGCUUAUCCCGUGCAGAUUUUCCAGGAUUUCUAUCUAUUGCCUUAUUGAAUGAAAUUUACAAUCAACCAAGUUAUCUUAUACCUUUCACCAUUUUGGGUAGUGGCUAGUGUUCCAUCGUUUGAAUUUCAAAUUAAUGACAGUAGCCACAUUUAUGUGUUCAGGGAAAAGUGCCUCCUGUGUCCUCUGGCCAGUUAUCAGCUGUGGCCUAUUCUGUUUCUGUGUCCUCCUAGCUCUUCCCC